AUGGAAGAAUGCUUUAGAAUUCUGAAUGAACGAUCGCAGUACAUAAAACUCACUCGAGAACAACCAAAAGAUGGUUGGCUGCCUUAUUUGAAUGCUCAAAUAAAACUACGCAAUGGCAUUGCAAGUGUGAAAUGGUAUCGCAAGGAAAGCUCGAAAAACAUACUGAUAAACGCAAAGUCAGCCCAUCCUAAUGGCAUAAAAAAGGCAAUUAUCCUAAAUAUGGUCAAAACAACAACAGCAAUGUGCACAGAGGAUAGAGAACGGGAGGAAUCACUAAAACUAGCCACAAGCAUAGCUAGUUCAAACGGUUACUCGAGAUUAAAAUCUAACACCCAAUCUCAAACUACGAACAAUACAGUGAGGAUCCCACAUGAAAGUAGAAUUGCUUUGUGCAUCUCCUUCGUCUCUGACUCCUUAACUGCUGCUACACACCGGACUCUUUUGCGAGCACAGCUGCAAGAUGAUGAUGUUGUGCUGGUGAACAUCCCGAACGAGAGCAUCACGCGACAGUCAGUUCGCAAUAGAUUCUACGAUAGGCAAUGCGUGUCAGAAUGUUGCGUGGUUUGUCCAGACGGUAAAGCCGGCAACAUGGCAUACACAAUGAAUACAAUCAACAUCUUUAUUACUAUUAUUGCUGGAGUUUCUUCGCUGAAAUGUGAUGUUGCUUUCUCUGCAGAGAGAGAACUUCAGGAAAUUACAAGCGAACUCCCAAAGACACCUAUGUUUGAACAACUUACGACGUAUAUUAACGCACUGGCGCAGAAAGCCGUGGGGCGAAAGCCCAUACAUUGCGAAAAGGUGCUGUCGUCCAGCACAAAAGCAAGCAAAGCCCAUAACCUGAAAGGUCAACUGCAUGAAGGGAGCAUGGAAUCUUUGACAACAACCAUUCAUUUCGUCACGCUGAAGUGCCGAACACUAGCGAGUGAACUUCAACAAUCCACCCUGUCUAAGCUUCUACGAUAUCUCUGCGUGCCUUUUGCUGCACUGCAGAAAUCACGCAUGAGAGAUCGGCCCGUUAUCAGCAUCAAAAAUUACACCGUAUACUGCGGCGAUGCUGAUGAGAACAGAGUAGGUGGCUGCGCGAUAGCUGUGAGGAAGGAUUACAACAACCUAGUGAAGGAAUUUGGCUCAACGUCGUCUAGAUGCGCCUUUCUACGACUGUGGGAUCGCAGAGGACGUAAAUUCCUGUUCGCAAGUACUCACGCACCUACAGAAACCGCUGAGGACAGCAAGGACGCCUUCUAUGAUGAACUCAAUGUGUUGAUGUCUAAAAUACCAAGUAAGCAGGUGGUCGUUGUCGGAGUAGACGCAAAUGCGAAGAUGGUACUCGAACAGCAAUCCUAUGUGCUAGGAAAAUGGUGUUAUCCACCGUCUGAUCGACUUAUGCGAGCAAACGGGCCUCAUCAUCGCUUCCACGUGCAAAUGGAAUCAUCGACGCAUCAACUUACGUGGCAUGGUUCAACCCAUUCAACGCCCGAAGAGCAGCGCAAGCGGGAGAUGAGGACUCUGGAACUUCAGCUACGCUCUUGCGAGGAACAUUCCUCAGUCAGCUUCAAGAUACAGUUCCACAAGAGAAACCGAGGAGUUCCUCUCCAACCGAAAAUCGACGUGGCAGGUCUGAAAGACGAAGAAUGCAGAACCAAAUUCCGCCAACGUGUGUCUAUUAAUGUUGGAGUACGGACCAGGAAGAAGCUUAGCGAUGCGGAUUCCUUCGCAAAGUGCAUUCAUGACGCUGCAAAGGAAACGCUCCCGGUUCUAUUGCCGUGGAAGAAGUUUGCCUUUGCAUCUGCGGAAGCAAAAUCCACGUACAAUUCUGUAUGCGUCGCGCGCAGCACUGGUGACUUCAACCAGGAAAAGCGUCUUAGAAGGAAGUUGCGAAGUCAACUGCAACAAGACCGCGAUAACGAGUGGAAUCAAGAGCGAAGGAGCUUGAAAAGGCGUGGGAGGACACGAACCCUCUGA